AUGGUGACAAAGAAGACGACGAGGAAGGGACGUGAUGAAGCAAGCAGUCACGCAUCUAGAGCUAGGCUUUUUAAGGAAUACAAGGAGGUGCAGCGAGAAAAGUCAGCUGACCCAGAUAUCCUAUUACUCUGUGAUGAUUCAAAUAUAUUCAAGUGGACUGCUCUAAUCAAGGGUCCAUCAGAGACACCUUUUGAAGGCGGUGUAUUCGAACUUGCAUUCUCAAUUCCUGAGCAGUAUCCUCUGCUGCCCCCGCAAGUUCGCUUCCUGACCAAAAUUUUCCACCCAAAUGUUCACUUCAAGACAGGUGAAAUAUGCCUGGAUAUAUUGAAGAGCGCGUGGAGCCCUGCAUGGACCCUACAAUCUGUUUGCAGAGCCAUAAUUGCAUUGAUGGCCCAUCCGGAAGCAGACAGUCCAGUUAACUGUGACUUUGGCAAUCUCCUGCGCUCAGGCGAUAUCAGAGGCUACCAAUCUGUGGCACGAAUUUAUACGAGGCUAGCGGCGGUACCAAAGAAAGAUUAA